GGCAGCCCCGCAGCGCGGGCGGAACGCGGGAGCCCGGUUGCCGGGGCCAGCCGGGCCCGCCGGGGUGCACAGCCCGGCGCGGACGGCGUCUCCGAGCAACCGGCCCCCCACAGCGGCCGGCCCGGCGGAGCGGGCGGUGUAUCAUUCUUCCAGGAUCGCUGCCAUGGUACUUAAGGUCUUCUUUCCCUCGUGCUGCGCCUCGGCGGAAAGCGGCAUUUUGAUCGGCCGCUGGAUCUCGGAACAGAACUCCGCUGUCAUCCUCGCCGUGAUCCAUUUCCCUUUUAUUCCUGUCCAGGUGAAGCAGUAUCUCAGUGAGGUCCAGCGGGUGACUAAAGUCAGUGUUUCUGUGCUCGGCUCCUGGAGCAACAGUAAACGGGAGAAAGAAGAGAGUCUGAGUGAGUUCUUGGAAGACCUUGGCACAAUAUUCUCCCAUGAGCCGUGGAUUCAGAUAAGCAAAGAGGGAGACAGCAAAUUCUGGAGCUGUUCUACCCUUCAGAAAAACUCUAACAACCCAAAGGAGGAAGAAAUCAUCUUAGUGUACUACGACCAGCGCAAAGUCAUGCUUUCCCAUCUACAUCCCCCUUUGGACACAGCUGCCUCCACCGACCACAAGGCAGAGGAUGCUUCAAAGCUCUCUGCCAUCUUUGACACAGUUGCCAAGAGUAAGAUACUGUUCAUGACGGACAGAUACGAUGAUGGGCCCAUCAAGUUGACCCACUGGCAGUCGGAUGGCGUUGAGGCGAGUAUCAUCGUGGAGCUGAUGAAGCAGGCCUCCGUGCCGGCGUGCAUGCUGCUGACAUUCCUGCUGUCACUUGUCUCUGGGGUCUGCAGGAGCAGGGUGCUGAAGUUUUGGCCUUUGUCUUUCCUAUGGAGCAAACUCUCAACUUGUGAGCAGCUGGGACAUCGCCUGCAGCACCUCCAGGUCAUCAGCAGCAACAAGAAGGCUCAAAACCAGACUCAGCUAAUGAGGAAAGCCAACAUCUUCGUCUCUCUGCUGGUUGAUGUGGCUCUGGGGUUGCUGCUGAUAUCCUGGCUGUACCGAAAGAACCGAAUUGGUCACCUUGCUGAUACCCUCAUCCCUGUGGCUGAUCACGUAGCUGAAGAGCUCCAGGACCUGCUCCAGUGGCUAAUGGGAGCACCAGCAGGACUGAAAAUGAACCGAGCUUUGGAUCAGGUUUUGGGCCGCUUCUUCCUUUACCACAUCCAUCUUUGGAUUAGCUACAUUCACCUGAUGUCCCCGUUCAUUGAGAUGAUCCUCUGGUACGUUGGGCUGUCGGCUUGUCUGGGCCUGACCGUGGCUCUCUGCAUCCUCUCCGACAUCAUUGCACUUCUCACCUUUCACAUCUACUGCUUCUAUGUCUACGGAGCCAGGCUCUACUGCCUCAAGAUUUACGGCCUGUCAUCUCUCUGGCGCUUGUUCCGUGGGAAGAAGUGGAACGUCCUCCGGCAGCGGGUGGAUUCCUGCUCCUAUGACUUGGACCAGUUAUUUAUUGGCACUUUGCUGUUUACAAUCCUGCUGUUCCUCCUGCCUACAACCGCACUAUAUUAUUUGGUGUUCACCCUGCUCCGCUUGCUGGUGGUGAUCGUGCAAGGCCUGAUACACUUGCUGGUUGACCUGAUUGACUCCCUGCCUCUUUAUUCAGUCAUCCUUCGGCUCUGCAGAUCCUACAGACUGGCAGCUGGUGUGAAGUUCAGAGUCCUUGAGCAGCAGGAUGGAAAACCUCUUCGACUCCUUAUGCAGAUCAACCCCCUGUCGUAUGGCAGUGUGGUACAGACAUACAGGCUGCCAACCUACAGCUGCUACCCCAAGGAUUCCUGGACAUCCCUCUGCAAGAAGCUGUUCCUUGGAGAGCUCAUCUACCCAUGGAAACACAAAGGAGAGAAGCAGGACUAAAGACAGCAAAAGAGCUUGAAAGACUCGGUCAGGAAAACAGAUUGAAUCCUAAUUCUUUUGGACCAAAGGCAUCUCAGAGCCAGCGGCUGCUGGAUCCCUUUAAUUAGAUUUUGGUAACAUGGGAGGGGCUGAAUCUUUAAAGGCAAAUAUUUUUAAACAUUAUUUUUCAACUCUCCUCUUCCCCUCGGCUGUGUUUGUGUCAUAUGCUAGUGAUUAUUUUUGAAGCGAAAGGUUAAACCCAGCAGUGCCUCAUGGAACCAGCAUUUAGUGUCACGGAGGAAUUCCCUCCGGACUGGUUUGAUGUUGUAUGUAUCCUUCCAUGUAAGCUCACAGGCCGUAUUAAAACAGACCUUUGGGCUUCGAAGCCGCAUGGCUGAGGUGCGUUUCUGCCAAAUAUUUUGGCCCUUUUAUGCUUCAGCCUUCCAAUCAGCUACUCAAAACCAAGAUGAAGGGUCAGCUCAUCGAGUCACACACUGAAAACUGUACAGCGGGGUCUUCUGCGUUCAUGGGAUAUUUAUUCUUUUCCUUUUGGGUGGGCUUGGAUUCACCCCUGCUGCAGCACCAGGGAAGGCGUUAAGCGUAGAAAAAACGGGGCUGGAGGCCCAGAAACACAGCCUGCUGCACCUUUGUGCCUGUGUGGUCUCAUCUACAUUUUUUCAACGGCAAAUAGUGUUUCAGGGAGAGCUGGCGCUGGCGUUUCCUCAGGGAAGAGACUGCUGGUAAGGUUGUGGCUUUAAUUUAUCCCCAGAUCCAUAUUAUCCGUAUCACUCCUUGGAUGAGAAGUAGUUAAAGAUUUCAGAUCUUCUCCGAUUCCUACCACACACCCCUCACAGGAGGCAACAAGCAGUCUUUGCCAACCAUCAGUCAAAGUCUGCAAUCUUACAGACUUUUUUUAAUACUGCAUUUUCUUAUUACUAUUUCUUCCACUGUACGGUUCCUGUUGCUGGCACAUCUCUCGAUGCGCCUCUUUAGAUAGGCAUGGCUUCUUGUGAAGGAAAACGUGGUUCACUGCGUGUAAAACUCCAUCCUAGACAGAAAUGCUGCCUUUGAGAAAUACUUCCCUUUCCUAACCAGAACAGCAUGCGACGCUGCUGAAAGGAGAUCUCAGUAAUUACGCUGCCGUGAAGGUUCUGGUUCUGGUUUGGGGAGUUUUCCCUGAUCCUGCAGAGGGACUGUGCCUUGUUCUGCUGAAUGUACCAUCAGGCCCACAGAAAGAGCGUGGCACGUGCCUAUAAUCCAUAUGUUGACUUACGCUCUCAGGAGGAAGAGCUCCUGCCUUGUCAUCAUGAGGAUAAUGAGCUGCUUUCCUUCUGCCCUGUCCUGCCUGAUCCUGCUGCCACGACACCCUCUUCUUGCUUCACUCGAGCCCUUGGUGAUUUACUCCUUGUGCUUAGACCUGCUGAUUCCACCCUCACAGAGUCCCAAACUGGUGGAGGUUGAAAGUGGCCUCUCAGGAUCACCUGGUCCAACCCCCCCUGCUCAAGCAGGGCCACCCAAAGCCUGUUGCCCAGGACCAUGUUCGGAUGCCUUUUGAAUGUCUCCAAGGAUGGAGACUCCACCACCUCCCUGGACAACCUUGUGCCACUGCUCAGUCACCCUCACAGUAAAAAAGCGUUUUCUCAUCUUCAGACAGAAUUUGGUGUGUUUCCGUUCGUGCCAGUUGGCUCUUGUCCUGUUGUUGUGUCGUGCUGAGCUGGGAGACACCAAAACUCAAAUCUCUUUAGCGAAUUUGAAGCUUCGCAGCCCCGUGUUGUCUCUGUUUCUGGGCGGUUGUAUUCAGGGACUCUUCAGCAGUUUUCCACACCCCUUUUGGGGGGUGUGGAAGCCCUCUGCGGGUAGAGAGGGUCACCUGCUCAUUCACUCAGUUACCUGACCUGCUCUUUGCCGGCUUUUCCAGACCUGGUAGCGGAGAGAGUGCGUGUUCUCCAGCCAAACUCCCUGCCUGCCUUAAGCAUAGGGUGGAAACUCUGGGAAACGUGGAGCAGAAACCCCGCAGCUGGCAGCGUGCGAGUCUGCUUGGAUGGGGGAGCCGCCUUCGCACGGUGCUCUGGGCUCUGCAGCACCCUGGGAAUACGGCUGGGAUGUGCCCGGAUGGGUCUCAGCUGGUCCAUCCACACCACGUGAGGCCACAGCACUUAGCAGCUGUCGCGUUAGAAGGACUGUAGUUUCAAUAUUUGUCUGUCAGAGUCCCAGGACUUUCCCUGAUUUACUAUCAGAGUGCCAGCAAAGGACUUUCCCUGAGUCAGAUUCACAAGUGAUUUAAAUUAGUCGAGCAAAAAUAACAACCGCUCCGAUACUUGUCUGUCAGAGUCCCGCCAAAGGACUUUCACUGAAUCAGAUUCACGAAUAAUCGAAAUCAGUUAUUUUAUUGAGAGCGACAGUCGCAGAUUCGAGAUUGCCGUUGAUAAAUUUGCUAAGGACAAUAGCGCUAAUUAAUUAAGGUCAAUAUUGCUAGCAAAAAUAAUGAUAGUACAACAAUCCGGGGUAACGUUCCCCAGAGGGUGAAGGCGCAGCGUUACCCAGCACGGCGUCCCUGUCUGGGCUGCAGGAAGAGAACGCGGCCCCUCGACUGCUCCGUCAGGUACCAAGUUUCUUCUCUCCCAGUUUAACAGUCAUUUUCUCCAUCCUUUUAUCCCCAAAAUUACAAGGUUUUCCCUCCCCUAGGUGACAUGUAGUAGGAUAUGGGUGGAGAGACGAGUGCCGUAGUCAUACGUGUUUAGCAUGAUCUCUAAAAUCUUCAUUAGCAUAUGCAGGGGGGUCAACUUGAAUAUGCAUUUCACAGGUAACGAGGCAAAGGUCAAUUACCGGGCAUGGCAGCCUCUCAAGGAAACAAAGAGCUACACAAAGUCUCUGUUGUCUUGAUUUUACUGUCUCUGCUGACAAAAAGGAGGGCUGUCCUGGCUCCCCAAGACUACCCCGUUAUUUAUGUACCCUGCGAUGGCCAGGCAAGCCUUCACUCCCCUGGGCUGCGCAAGGGAGAGCGAAGCCACUCUUAAUCGUUCUUUGAGCACAGAGACUUCACCUCAUGAUCCAAAUUCCACACCAACCGAUUCAGGAGCUUUGGGGUCGUAUUCCGCUGUGGGGGAUAAUCACGUUCAGAGCGAUCCAAACCCUGUGUGGGCAGCUGACCUGCCUGCCCGGGGUGAGAAGAGCGUGCCCAUCACCUCUGCGUCUGGCUCACCACUUUGCACUGGGAGAGGAACGUCUACUUGCAAGAGCCUGUCCGCUUCCCAGCUCACUUCCAGUCACAUUCCCCAUUUAUUGUCUCAGAAUGCUGAAUGUAAGGAGGGUGCAUGGGAUUAGGGAUGCUGCAGGUGACAAAGUGUAAUCCCUUCGUUUCCAGAGGGGUGACGAGGCCCAGGAGCAGGUGGAGGAGCCGCUCCCCUCCAUAGUGUUAUUUAAGCAUCUGGCACUGGGGAAGUUCAUCAGACCUUCACAACUAUUGUAGCCAAUCCUUCUACUUAAAAAUGUUCCCGUUUUUAAAUAAAGUAUUAAAAAAGAGUGCUGAAACAUUUCCCGUUUAAUUAGAAGCGCGUGUGUGCGGGUGUGUGUUUGCGUGUGAAGUUUGAUGAGGAAGUUUGUCGUGCUGAUUGAAAAGCACUGCUACGUUUUCUCUUUGCGUUGGCAUAAGCCACCAAGUGUUAGCGGGAGCAAAGUGCUCCCGUAGCAGCCACGUGCUUUUCUUUCCUUUUUCCUCCUUUCCCUUUCCCCUUCCCUUUUCCACUUCCCUUUUUCUCUUGUCUUUUCCCUUUUCCCCUUUGCCUUUUCCCUUUUCUUCCUUUUCCUCCUUCCCCUUCCCUUUUCUCCAUCUCUUUUCUUUUCUUUUUCCCUUCCCUUCCCUUCCCUUCCCUUCCCUUCCCUUCCCUUCCCUUCC